AUGGAUGUAUCAAAAUUGAAGAUAAUAAACGAUUCAUCAGUGGAUUAUGAUGUGACUUCUCCUCGAUUUUUUGUUCAUAAUAUUGAAGAACUUCAACAAGGUAUUGAACAUCUCAAUGAACAUGGUUAUGCUAUAUUUAGCAAUAUACUUACCAAUGAUGAAGUUAAUAAUGGUGUGGAUUUAUUAUGGAAAUAUUUAGAAAGUUUACGACAUCCAUAUCAUAUACAACGUAAUAAUCCAGAAACAUGGGAUAAACCAUGGCCAGGAAUGCCUCAUGUUGGUCUAGUGAAUGAUGAAGGUAUAGGUCAAUCUGAAUUCAUGUGGUUUCUUAGAGGAAAUCCUAAUAUAAAAAAAGUUUUUUCUCAUAUUUGGAAUUCUAAUGAAUUAUUUGUUUCUUUUGAUGGAGCUGGUUGUUUUCGUAAUUGGCAUCUAAAUAUAAAAUGGAAGACAUCAAGUUCUUGGUAUCAUUGUGAUCAAAAUCCAUUUAAAAAACCUGAUCGAUGUUCAAUACAAGGUCUUGUUUCAUUAACUGAUAGUGAUGAAUCUACUGGUGGUUUUGUUGUUGUACCUGAUUCACAUAAAUAUUUUAGUGAAUUAAAAUCCAGAACUAAAGAACGUCUUUGGGGUGAUUAUGUAACAAUUCGUAAUCAAGAUCCAUUACUUGAAAAAUUACAUCCUCGUUUAGUUAAAUGUAAAGCAGGCGAUCUUAUUGUUUGGGAUUCUCGUUCUAUUCAUUGUAAUACACCAGCAAUUGUUAAUAAAGAAAAAAAUAAUCAAUCAGAAUUAUUACGUAUUGUAGCCUAUAUAUGUAUGAGUCCAUUAUCAAUGUUUGUACCUGAGAUGGAUGAAUUUAAAACUUUAGAAGAAUUUCGUCAAUUGAGAGAACAAUAUGUUCGAGAUAAAGCAACAUGCACACAUUGGCCCUUAGAACUUAUUGGCGAUCGUCAAGAAUUAUUACAUUAUGAAAAAAGUUCUCUCAAACUAAAUUCAUUUCAACAUUCUCUUAUCAUAGGCACACAUGUUGAACCUGGAAAUGGAACAACAGAAAUCAACUUUUAA